AUGGAGCCUGUGGAGUCUGAUGAACCGCGCCCUGAAGCUCCGGCUGCUGCAGCAGCAGGAGCAGCAGCAGCAACAGCAGCAGCAGCAGCAGCUGCUGUUGCUGCUGCUGAUGAUGAUGAUGUGACUGCUUCUGCUGCUGAAGAUAUGGGAGCAGCAGAAGAGGAAGCAACAACAGCAGCGAAGGCCUCAGCGGUGGAGGGAGCAGCAGAAGCAGCAGCAGCAGCACAAGAACCGGAAGAGACAUCAGAUGCCGCAGCAGUAGCAGCAACAACACCCGAGGAAGAAGCAGCAGCAGAGACAACGUCACCAUCAGCAGCAGCAGGAGGAGCAGCAGCAGCAGCAACAACAGCAGCUCUAUUUGGCUCUGGAGACGAAGCAAGUGACGAUCCCUCCCUUGCGAGCGACGAAGAUCUCUUUGGUGAAGACGUGUCUCCAGCUGCUGCUGCUGCUGCUGCAGAGCCAGCAGCAGCAGCAGCAGCUGGAGCAUCAGCAGCAGCAGCGGGAGACUCGGAGUCGGAGUUGGCAGCUGGUGCUGCAGCAGAAGGUGCAGCGGAGAGAGACGAAGAAAAUGAAGAGGAGACGCUUUUAGAGACAGCUGAGCCCCUGCCGCUGCAGCCUCUACAACUCGAAGGGACACGGGCCCCACAGCUACCGAAAGGCAGCAGCAUUUUAACUUGGAGGGUUCCGCCUGCUAUCUCCCUCAUCACUGCAGCAGACCAGCAGCAGCAGCAGCAGCAGCAGCAACAGCAACAGCAGCAGCAGCAGCAAGGCUUUGCAAUCAGGUUUUCGUAUGACGAAAAUGCAGCAGGAGAAGGCAAACCGGCAUAUAGGAGCAACUGCCGGCUGGUGCAGUUUAGCGAUGACUCGUAUUGUCUCUUCGUGGAUGAUAAGGGCUUCGAAUGCAAUAUCAAGAACGACGUCUCGUACAUCUGCGAGUCAAAAGGGGUGCGUGUGUGUGCCGCUGAGUUUGCUCUUGGGGUUUAG